GAACAUUAUAAUUUUUCAAAAUAUCAUAAAUAGUUUUCAAACUUCUGUUUUAACCAUGAAAAUGUCCUUUUAUUUAUUUUUAUAAUGUUUCGUUUUUGAAUAACCAUCAUGUUCUCCAGUCCAAUUUUCGCUCUGGCGAUAUGACAAAUAUUUAAGAUACUGUAGUUUUAUUUGAAAAAUUCCCCACCGAUUUGCAUUUUUCCAUCAUUUUUUGCAUAAGAAUAAGGCUGAAAGCAGUAUAAAUAAAUACGCUGCUAGUGGAAGAAUCAUUUAACAUCUCGAGAUGACUCGGGUGGUUCAUAUUAUUGGAGCUGCUUUUCUCCUUUCUUCCUACGCAUACUGUGGACUUUCUCGUUUCAAUGAGCACGACAUCGAAGGAGGCGACUCUUAUAAACGAGUCAAAAGAGAAUUUGAACGUCUUGGAUCAAAAUGGUUAGGUGGAACAAUCAAUUAUUAUUAUGCAGACAACAACAAUUCAGUGAAGGAGAAGGUUAAAAGUGCAAUUGCUUACAUUGCAAAUCACACUUGCAUCAAGUUCAACGAAGAUCCAACACAUUGGCAACGUUUGAAGAUUUUUACUUCAGAACUCUCUCAUUGUCGGUCAACAAUCGGAGCUCCAGGCACUAGGAGUGGUUCAGCUGGAGAGCUCAGUAUGGAGACUGGAUGGUGUGCUAAUAUUGGAAGUAUUGUUCAUGAAUUCUCACAUUCACUCGGAAGAUAUCAUGAACAUACUCGACCAGAUCGUGAUAAUUCUUUGAAAGUAACAUCCACUGAUUACGAAGCACGACCAAGGCCAUGGGGAAUGACAACAAUGUAUGGACCAUUUGAACAUGGAAGUAUCAUGAUGUAUCAUUCAAGCAACUAUGGUGUUGGAAAAAUGGAACCAUACGAUAUGGAAUACAAAAAUACAAUGGGGAGUAGAAGAGUGACCUUUUAUGAUAUGUAUAAAAUCAACCAAUACUACGGAUGUGGGUGCUCCACUCAGUUGGAAUGCAAAAAUGGAGGAUAUACUUCACCAUCUGAUUGUUCUAGAUGUAAUUGCCCGAAAGGAUUCUUUGGAAAACUUUGUAACGAAAGACGUCAACAAGAUUCAUAUGAACUAAAGGCUACCUACGGUCGAUGGCAGACACAGACUAUCUCAUUUAACUACAAGCCAGAACCAGUCUCUGAUGGUUUUUAUUCAACUUUUGUGUACAUUACUGGUGAAGCUAACUCAACAAUUGAGAUUACAAUGGAAGGCCUUGAAAAUGUGAUAUGUACGGCUGGAUGUACUUGGAACGGUGUUGAAAUUAAGUCAAGAGAAGAUUCUAGAAUUACCAGCCCAGUGAUGUGCUGCAAGGAUGAACCACUGUAUAAGAAAGUAUUCAAAUCACUUCACAACCCAACCAUCAUUGAAUUGUACUCAAAAGAAACGGCCCCGUCUACUGCUACAUUCAAGUAUCGCUUCAUGAAUGACAAAAUUGUGUUCGGAUAAAAUUUCAAAUUUCAAAAAGUUUCCAAUUAAUGAACUCGUCAGAUUUUAAU